AUGUCAAAUCGAUUUCCCCCGUCGUCCGGGUUCAAUUCCCGUGAUCGUUCACCGCAGCGCUUCGGUCGUCCACCCUUUGGCCCUCGUGGUCCUGACGAUGGCCCUGCCCCAUUUAGAGACCCGCCUCGUGGUCCUCGCGCCUUGGUUGAACCGUCUCGGGGCCACUUUGGUGGUCGCGGUAGGGGUUAUGGCCGUGGUGAUUUCCGUGAUCGCGACAGAGAUCCACGAGACCGAGACCGUGAUUUUCGAGACAACCGUGAUGGCCCUCCGUUCCGCCGGGAUUUGGACCGUGAAUGGGUUCGCCGCGACCGUGACUUUGACCCCCGAGAUAAUCGAAUUGGCUUUGGCCGAGGACGCUCCAGAUCCCCGACGCGCGACUUUCGUGAUGGCCCCCUGGGCCGUGACUUUGAUUUAGGCCGCAUCCGACGCAACUCUCGAGACAGCAUCUUGUCCGCAUCUUCAGGAGGCCCAGAUGGCCCACCUACAAAUGGCGGUCAUAUCAAUCGAGGAGGCAUGCGAGGCCGCGGCCGUGGAGACUGGGAAGGUGGACGCGGUCGAGGCCGCCCACCCUUCCUCAAUGACGAUCGCGAUCUCUUCCGGCGACGAAGCCAAUCUCGUGAACCAUGGCGCGGCCGCCCUGAUCGAAUGAUGGAUCGUGACCGAGACCGAGAUAUUGACCGUGACCGUGUUCUAGAUCGAGAUCGCAUGAUGGACCGAGAACGUGAUCGAGAACCCCCACGACCAAGAGACCGAGACCGAGACUUAGAUCGCGACUUGGACCGCCGAGAUCGUUUUGACCGCCGAGAAGAUUGGGAACCCCGACGUCCAGAUCGUGAGGACCGAGACCGUCCAGUCGAUUUCUGGAAACGUGACCAUCCUCCGAGCCGCGCAGAAAGCCGUGCAGCAAGCGGCUCGACUACCUCCUCACACCCCCCUGCAGCAUCUACUACGGGCCCAGCGCCAGUGGAUCGACACCCCGAGCCCCCAAUCGACCCAGGCCGGAAAGCAUCGAUCAUGUCAGCUGCUCCGGCACCAGAGCCGGUACGAGAGACGGAGCGCAUUGAAGCAGUACCAGCUCGCCCAGAGGUUCCAAAGGAUGUCCCGCCUAUUAUUCGACCAUCUCCGCCUCCAGCUGCUCCUCAAGUACCCGCCUUUGGCUCUGUGUCAGUGCCCAUUCCAACCCCAGCUGCCGAUCAAGAACCCGCAGAACAGCGAACGGCCCCAAAUCCUCCCCAGCCAACAGAGAAAGACCGGAAUGAAGUACAACGGCCGAUUGUUCAGCCUCCCACAGGCCCCAGGGCAGAAAGAGGCGAUACCCCAAUUGUCUCUGAACCUCGCAAUCGUCCUGAGUUGCCGGCAGAGCCCGCACAUAUGCAGGGAGGACCUGCGCGAGCGUCACGACCAUCUACAAGUAUCUCCGAAUUAUCUCCACCGACUGCUCCAGCCGCGAUGUCUAAACCGAACUCAGUCUCUGCACCAACCGAGCCUUUUGGGGCCCGCAGAUCGAGCUCCCUAACCUCAUCUCCAACAUCCACCCGAUAUCCAGCCUCAGUUCAGCGUGCAGCAUCUCGAGAACCAUCCAUAUCACCUCGAGUGCCCCCCUCCGUUAUACCCACUGGACCUAGAGCACUGCAACGCCAAGCACCAUCACCACGCGGAGGGAAAGGCAAUAAGCCCUGGAUGCAUUCAGGUUUCCCCCGAACACCAUCCGUCUCCAAUCCGCCUCCGAAACAGGGACUCGUCAUUGACAGGGAGGCUGCUGCUGUUGGGCAAAACACUCGGAAAGUCCCAGGGCCGCCGUCUCCCGUCGCAGAUGAGCCAGAGAGUGGUGAAAUUAUUCCGCGUGAAGAUGAGAAAAUCAGGUCUCCGGUUUUCGAUUCAAUGAAACUCCCGCUUCGCCUCAGCCCCCCAUUGGAUUCCAACGUCGAAAAUGGUGAAUUGAGCGAACACUUUGAGAAAAGUGCCAAGGAAGAAGAACCUGCCAUGGUGCCGGACUUUGAACGCUCUAGUGAUGAGGAAGAUAGCGAGAAUGUCUUCACCCAGGAAUAUCUCGAUGAAAGGAAACGAAUUUUCGAACGGGACAUGGAAUCACUCCGAGCCGAACUGCCCCCUUCUCCUCUGGAAGACCCGACGAUUGUAUCACUACUGUUGAAAAUACAGCUACUUGGCAUGUUGGCUCACGAAAUGUCGGUGGAACAGCCAGCAGAAGAAGAGGAGGAAGAAGAAGAAUUAGAAAAACCAGUGCCGCAAUCUGUGGACCCUGUGCCAUCAGUGGAAGAUGAAGAGUUAGCCAAUCCUCCAAGCAGUGAACGGGUGGUGUCCUUCGCACCAACGCCGAAUGAACGUGAACUCGAACGUGAACUUGAACGCGAAGCCGAAUCCGAACUUGAAGCUGAAGCUGGGCGUCAACCGGAGCCAGUUUUUGAAACUAUCAUUCCCCCUGUGGUACCCAGUGAUGAAGUUACCAUUGACAAUCUUCCUUUCUUACACUCUGGCCCUCCCACUCCCCUUUCGGAUUUGGAAGUGUAUCAUGACAACAUUGCUACCCAGAACCGUCUUAAGGAAACCUUCUCUAAUGAGCUUUCUAAGAUGCAGCAAGAAGUCUUCAAGAAGAAUGCUAUUCUUCGAGAAGAGUACAUGUCUUACUACAAGCCUUGGCGAUUGGCCAUCUGGGAGCUAGACCGUCUGAAGGACAAGAAAACUGACACCCCAGCGCCAGCCUCGCCACCAGUUUCUACAGUACCAACAACACCAGCUCCCAUGCCGGAAGGCCGUGAAGGACGACGAUAUAAAGGAAACAGCGAACUUGAUUUCCUCAACGCGCUGAAAGCCUCUGAGAUCUCAGCUCAAGAAGAGCUCGAACGCCGACGUACCAAGAUGGCUACUGCUCGGCCCGAUUUGGGACGCGAGGCAAUCAUUCCCAACAUGCUCGAGCCGCGUGAGGAGAAGGCCUGCGUCUACAAAGACGUAAAUAAUAUCAUUGAGUGCAAUCACGCCAUGGAUGUUUUCGGCUUCCUGCCACCUCCCAACGAUUUCACUCCGGAGGAACACGUCACCUUCACAGACGCAUUUAUGGCAUACCCGAAGAAAUGGGGCAAAAUUGCGGAAUCUCUACCUGGGCGCACCUUCCAGCAGUGUAUUGUUCACUAUUACCUCACCAAGGAAGAGAUCAAGUACAAGGCUAAGCUCAACAAACGCUGGAGUAAACGCAAGGGUCCUCGAAAAGGCGGCGCGGCACGGCCGAAAUCCAAUGCUCUUAUUGCCGACUUGAGCGUCGUCAAGCCUGACAUGGACGGCGAGGACGCAAUCCCCGCUGUCACUGAUACUGGUCGUCCAAGACGUGCUGCGGCUCCUAAAUUUGGUGGUGAGCCUGGUGAAACGGAGGACGGGUCAGCGGGCCGUCGUGCCCAAACUGGCCGCGAUAUUGAACCAGUUGAAAAGGCGCCUGCUCGCCGAGGUGGACGCGGUGGAGGCGGCACUCGCGGCGCCCGUCGUGCGAAGACCACGCAGCCCGACCAGAAAGGUCAGGUCUUAGCUACACCGGAGACUUUGCCCCCGCCUCUUCCUGGAGCCGAGAUGGAAAUGACCCCAGACAACAGCAUGCAAUGGGGUCUAGAUGGCAGAGUAGAUCGGAUGGUUCAAGAACCACUUCCGGUAAUGCCGCGAGGUAGGGGACGUGGACGCGCGAAAGACGGGGUUUAUGUCUUUGAGUCUACCGAAAUUGACCCACCUAUGGCAGUCAAACAGGCUGAGACGGGCUAUGGGUCCAUGCAGCCGACGAGCUAUUGGUCCGUGCCAGAACAGCGUGAUUUCCCUGCCUUGCUGGCACACUUUGGCCGUGAUUUUGAAGGUAUCUCAGGUUGGAUGAAGACUAAAACCACGGUAAUGGUCAAAAACUUCUACCAGCGUCGCCUGGACAGUGGCCACAAAGACUUCGAGUUGAUUCUUACUGAGGCCGAGGACAAGAAGGUCCGCGGUGAGCUUACGGGCCCUCUUCCCAUUCCAAGUGUUGCCCCCAAGCGCCGAUACGAGGCAACUCCGUCUUCUAUCAUUCCUCGCCCUCUUGCUCCUCAUGGCGAUCCCAUGACCGAAGACGAGGUUCGGUUCUCAAAGGUGAAACCUCUUGCCCUCUCACCACAGCCUAUGCCCAUGCAUGGGCGGCCGACGUCUGAGAAAGAUCGCAAUGCGGCUCGCUAUCAACCGCUUGCGCAAGCCUCCACCGCUUCUCCGGUGCCAUCAACUGCGACUCUCAUUGAAGAAUCAACUCGAGCAAUUCGCGCACAGAACGCAGGCCAGGCUCACCGUUUGUCGGGACCACGUCUUGGGUACUUCACAGAGGACAGACGGGACUCUUCCAUCCUGCCUCAUUCAACCUCCCGUGCACAGGAUCUAUCUCUUUCCUCACGCCUUCCCCCUGGCUCAAUGCCACCUGAUAUGGCUCGGAUGGAACCUUUGUCUACGCAAGGUUACAUGUCUGCGCAACAGCCGCCGUCUAUGCUUUCCUCGGGCCAUUCGCGUCACCCCAGCUUGACCCAGCCGGGUUCGCCCACUCAAUUGCCUAGACCUGAACUUGACAUUGCAUCCGUUCACCGUGACCCCUUUGCUCCUAGGCCCUACUACUCGUACGCAGGCCAAGGAAUGUCGCAGUCGCCUCGCCCGGGUUUGUCACCAGUCAAAGAUGCACCUCGCCCGAGUGUCACUCCGGCUCCUGAUGCGUCUCGCCAAGUGCCCGCCAAACGGUCCAACAUUAUGAGUAUUCUGAACGAUGAGCCGGAGGAGCCUCAGCCCCGCAAACGAUUUGCCAGUGAACAGGCUCCAUCUACCGCUCCUUCAACUUCAGGUGCAGCAGGAAGACCGGUUUACCAGACAACCCAGUCGGCCCGCCAUGAAGACACCGCCAUGACGGGCAUGUCGCAGAAGCCCUCUAGCUACGCUCAGCAAGGCCAGUAUCAGUCAUCUUCUCGCGGAUACGCAGAGUACCCAGGGUAUGGCCCUACCCAGAGUGGCUCAGGCACAUCGGCAAACAAUGACUGGAUGGCCCGAUUCGAUCCACGGGCGCAGCAGGCACCUUCGCAGCCUCAAGCCCAGCCACCACCAGCGCAGCAGCAGAGUAGCCGUCCUGGGGCACCUCUGGCUACCCAGAGCUCCUAUGCAUCUUAUGUUUCGGCCCCGAGCCAGUCUUCAGUGCCUUUGACCAAUCUCUCUGCUCCAUCACCAGCACCGACUCCCCCACCCCAAACCGCCUCUCAACGGUCAUCCUACCCUAGCGUAUUUUCUCAAUCGGCUUCUGCUCAGCCGCCUGGGACGUCUGGGGCGCGUGAGAUAGCUUCUCAGCCGCCAUCCUAUCGAGCAACAUCACCUGGUCCGCGUGCCACCAUGGCGUAUGGAUCGCGACAGGAAGGACCGGCGCCAACACAGUCUGCUGGUCUAUUUGGUGUUCAUUCGCGCCAGUCUGGAGUGCAACAGUCAUAUUCAGCCGCAUCCACGCCAACCCCAGUCCAGUCGCAUAGCUAUCAACAGCAUGUACAAACAAUGGUUAGUGGGUCGCAUCAGCCCGGGUCCCACCGCUCCACUCCAGUGAGCUUGCCCGGUGGUCCCUCCCAAUAUGGACAUAACACCCCACCUCCUCAGUCUCAGCCUAGUCGAUCCAUGGCCUCGCUGGCAAGCCUUGGACGCUCGUACACUCCUCCAUCUACUAUGCAUCCUUCUAUGGGUGGAAGUGCCAUGGGUGGUUAUGCUCCUCCCCCGCAAUCUUUGUCGGGAUCUGUCCCGCCACUUCACCAGCGGCCUGGCGCCCCAGGUUCCCUUAGUGAAGCUACCUCCACACCCACCCACCACCGUGUUUACAGCCAUAGCUCAACUCAAGGUGGGCUACCGGGUUCGUUGCCCCCGCCUUCGCAACCGCCUCGUUAA